AUGCCAGGAACAAACAGCAGCACCGGCGCCAACAACGGCAGCUCCAAGCGCGCGUCGCCAGACAGCAGCAGUGAUGCUGCAGCUGGAACAGCAGCAUCGGGGGGUGGAUUGGGGUCAGGCGAGCGGGCGGUAUCCAAGCGGCCGAAGAUCAGCAGCAGCGAAGGCUCGCCUAUCAAGGAAGAUGGGUGGGCGACGGCGCUGUCGGGGGAGACUACCAAGCCGUACUUCGGCCGUCUACAGGCGUUCCUGGACAAGCAGUACGCCUCGAAGGUCAUCUACCCGCCGAGGGACAAGCUGUUCAACGCCUUCGAUUCAUGCCCGCUGAGUAACGUCAAGGUGGUAAUCUUGGGGCAGGACCCUUACCACCAGCCCGGGCAGGCGCACGGCCUGGCUUUCUCGGUGAUGAAGGGGGUCAUGCAACCGCCAAGCCUGCGGAACAUGGUCAAGGAGGCCGUGAGCUGCUGCGGCAUCACGCCCACCAAGUCCGGGAACCUGGACAGCUGGUGCAGCCAGGGGGUCCUGCUGCUCAACACGGUUCUGAGCGUCGAGAGGUCCAAGGCUAACUCGCACAAGAACCAAGGGUGGGAAAAGUUUACGGACGCGGUGGUGCGGGAGCUGAACAAGGGUGAUCGGCGGUUGGUCUUCCUCCUGUGGGGAAAGCCUUCCCAGAAAAAGGGUGCGCUGAUAGACUCGUCCAAGCACCGCGUUAUCACGUGCGCGCACCCUUCCCCCCUCUCGGCCACGAGGAAGCCGGACCCGUUCAUCGGAUCGGAGUGCUUCAAGAAGGCCAACGAUGCCCUCGAAGAGCUUGGACACGGCGGCGUGGACUGGAAUGUGCUUUGAAAUGAAUUGCCUGGCGGCGGUGGAAAAACGCGGGGCUUGUGUACGUGCAGGUGCACUGACGCACAAUCAAUCGCUGCUUGAAUGUGUGCGUCCCCCUCAGACCACAGUUUGCGAGCGGCUCGUGAUAGUGAGGCGUGCCAGCACGCCAAGAUUUUGGGCCCGCGUUGUGUUAUCCGCGGUAUUAUAGAAAUGUGCUUUGCUGUUUGUGUGGUUUUUUCUGUCUUGGGUUGAGGAGAAGCUUUCGCUUGGUGUUGUAUUUGCUGCAAGCUUGGUACCAGGUGUAAAAGAGAGUAUUUGAUGUCGACCGACUCAUC